GCCGGCGGCCGCGGGGCGCAGGCCUGGUGGAAGCCCCCGCGGGCCGGGCCGGGAUGAGCUAUGGCAUCGGUCAAGGUGGCCGUGAGAGUCCGGCCCAUGAAUCGCAGGGAAAAGGACCUGGAGGCCAAGUUCAUCAUUCAAAUGGAGAAAAGCAAAACGACAAUCACAAACUUAAAGAUACCAGAAGGAGGAACUGGAGAUUCAGGCAGAGAACGGACCAAGACCUUCACCUAUGACUUCUCUUUUUAUUCUGCUGACACAAAGAGUCCAGAUUAUGUUUCACAAGAAACGGUUUUCCAAACUCUGGGCACAGAUGUUGUAAGGUCCGCCUUUGAAGGCUAUAAUGCCUGUGUCUUUGCAUACGGGCAAACUGGAUCCGGAAAGUCGUACACUAUGAUGGGGAGUUCUGGUGAUUCUGGCUUAAUACCUCGGAUCUGUGAAGCUCUCUUCAGCCGGAUCAAUGAAACCACUAGAUGGGAUGAAGCUUCUUUCAGGACAGAAGUCAGCUACUUAGAAAUUUAUAAUGAACGUGUGAGAGACCUACUUAGGCGGAAGUCAUCUAAGACCUUCAAUUUAAGAGUCCGUGAGCAUCCCAAAGAAGGACCAUACGUUGAGGAUUUAUCGAAGCAUUUAGUCCAGAAUUACAGUGAUGUGGAAGAACUUAUGGACGCAGGAAAUAUCAACCGUACCACCGCAGCGACGGGGAUGAAUGACGUCAGUAGCAGAUCUCACGCCAUCUUCACCAUCAAGUUCACUCAGGCAAAAUUCGACGCUGAAAUGCCAUGUGAAACUGUGAGCAAGAUCCAUCUCGUCGAUCUUGCUGGAAGUGAGCGGGCAGAUGCCACUGGUGCCACUGGGGUCAGACUCAAGGAAGGGGGCAAUAUAAACAAGUCUCUUGUGACUCUGGGAAAUGUCAUUUCUGCCUUAGCUGAUUUAUCUCAGGAUGCAGCCAACCCUCUUGUGAAGAAGAAGCAAGUUUUUGUGCCUUACAGGGAUUCAGUUUUGACUUGGCUGUUGAAAGACAGCCUUGGAGGAAACUCUAAAACCAUCAUGAUUGCCACCAUUUCACCUGCUGAUGUCAAUUAUGGAGAAACCCUAAGUACCCUUCGCUAUGCAAAUAGAGCCAAAAACAUCAUCAACAAGCCUACCAUUAAUGAGGAUGCCAACGUCAGACUCAUCCGUGAGCUGCGAGCUGAAAUAGCCAGGCUGAAAACCCUGCUCGCUCAAGGGAAUCAGAUUGCCCUCUUGGACUCCCCUACAGCUUUAAGUAUGGAGGAAAAACUUCACCAGAAUGAAGCAAGAGUCCAAGAAUUGACCAAGGAAUGGACAAACAAGUGGAAUGAAACCCAGAAUAUAUUGAAAGAGCAAACCCUAGCCCUCAGGAAAGAGGGCAUUGGUGUGGUUCUGGACUCUGAACUGCCGCACCUGAUUGGCAUUGAUGAUGACCUUCUGAGUACCGGAAUCAUCUUGUAUCACUUGAAGGAAGGUCAGACUUUCGUUGGCAGAGAAGAUGCUUCAACAGAACAAGAUAUUGUCCUUCAUGGCCUUGACUUGGAGAGUGAACAUUGUGUCUUUGAGAAUGCCGGGGGAACAGUGACUCUGAUACCCCUGAGUGGGUCCCAGUGCUCUGUGAAUGGUGUUCAGAUUGUGGAUGCCACACAGCUAAAUCAAGGUGCUGUGAUACUCUUGGGAAGAACCAACAUGUUUCGCUUUAACCAUCCGAAAGAAGCCGCCAAGCUUAGGGAGAAGAGGAAGAGUGGCCUCCUGUCCUCCUUCAGCUUGUCUAUGACCGACCUCUCAAAGUCCUGUGAGAACCUGUCCGCAGUCAUGUUGUAUAACCCGGGACUUGAAUUUGAGAGACAACAGCGUGAAGAACUUGAAAAACUAGAAAGUAAAAGGAAACUCAUUGAAGAGAUGGAGGAAAAGCAGAAGUUGGACAAGGCUGAGCUGGAGCGAAUGCAGCAGGAGGUAGAGACCAGGCGCAAGGAAACAGAGAUGGUGCAGCAGCAGAUCCGCAAGCAGGAGGAAAGCCUCAAACGCCGUAGCUUCCACAUUGAAAACAAGCUCAAGGAUCUGCUGGCUGAGAAGGAAAGGUUUGAGGAAGAGAGGCUUCGGGAGCAGCAGGGACUUGAGCAGCAGAGGAAGCAGGAGGAAGAAAGCUUCCUCCUCAUGAGAGAAGAGCUUCGUAGGCUCCAAGAGCUCAACAGCCACGAGGAAGCUGAGAAGGUCCAGAUAUUCCAGGAGCUGGACCGUCUGCACAGAGAGCAAGAUGCCCAGAGUGCCAAGCUGCAGCUGGAGAAAAGGAGGCUGGAGGAGCAAGAGAAGGAGCAGGUGCUGCGGGUGGCACACCUGGAGGAGCAGCUUCGGAAGAGGCAGGACACUGUUCUGCUGCUGGGUCCUGGAGAGGCCCAGUGGGCCCAAGAGGAAAAGAGGGAACUGGAAGGCAUCCGGGAAGCGCUCUUGCAGGCUAAAGAGAUCAGAGCAGGAGGGGACCACACCUGCAGGGAUGAACUGGAAAGGGCUCAGCAAUACUUCUUAGAGUUCAAGAGAAGGCAGUUUGUUAAGCUAGCAACCCUGGAGAAAGACCUGAUCCAACAGAAAGACCUCCUAAGCAAAGAAGUUCAAGAAGAGAAAGAAGCCCUGGAGCAUGUAAAAUAUGAAGCAGGUGAGGAACCGAGCUUGUUGGCAACAGAUAAUUGCAACAUUCUCUGUGGGCCUUGGAAUCUAGACAAAAUAAAAACUGCAGAAUCCAGGCUACAGAGCAAAGAGCACCAGCUAUGGGACCUUCUGCAAAAUCGUUUGCCAUCUCUGCUGAAGGAAAAGCAGAGAGUGCAUGACAUCCUUGACAGUGGUGUCCUAGGCCUAGACAACACUCUCUACCAGGUAGAGAAAGAAAUGGAAGAAAAAGAAGAGCAGAUUACACAGUACCAGGCUAACGCUAGCCAGCUGCAACAGCUCCGGGCCACCUUCGAGUUCACAGCUAACGUGGCCAGACAGGAAGAGAAAGUGAGAAGAAAAGAAAAGGAAAUACUGGAGUCCCAGGAGAAGCAGCAAAGAGAAGCAUUGGAGCAGGCUGUGGCUAAGCUAGAACAGAGGCGCUCUGCCCUGCAGAGGCGUUCCACCUUGGACCUGGAGAUCCAGGAGCAGAGGCAGAAACUUGACUCUUUCCAUACCAGCGAGUGGUUAGGGCUGCAGGCCAGUAUGGAGGCCGAUGGAGAAGCACUUGAGAUGGACCCUGCAAGGUUAGAACAUGAAAUCCAUCAACUGAAGCAGAAGAUUUGUGAAGUAGAUGGUGUUCAGAGAUCUCAUCAUGGGACCUUAGAGGGGAAGGCUGUGCUCUCCAACUUGCCACCCAGUGGUGAAAACUCUCACCUGGCUCCUCUGGUGGAUGCCAGGAUCAGUGCUUACAUUGAGGAAGAAGUCCAGAGACGCCUGCAUGAUUUGCACAGGGCGAUAAGUGACGCCAGCAAUGCACCUGCUGAUGUGAUGAAGAGUAAUGAGGAACUUCACAAUGGCAGCACUCAGCGUAAGCUAAAAUAUGAGAAAGGGCAGCCUUGUUCUGCACGAUGUGUUAUCCCACUUCAGCCCAAAGAUGCUACUGACUCUCCCAGUGUCCUUAGAGAAGAGAGUGAGGUGUGUCCAAGCAGCCAGUGGAGCCAUCCAACGUCACGGAACACAUCAUUCUCCACAGCGUUCUCCAUGGCCUCCCAAGAGAGAAUGGUUCUGUCCUCAGGAACUGAGUUGCUGAAGAGUAUUGAUGACAAAUAUUGUAAACCUGAGAGUUCUGGCUACCUUGAACCAAACUGUGCUUGUUUUCAUGAAAUCGCUUCCGUUACUGAAAGGAACUCUAGAGAUGCACAGAAUUCUCAGGGUCAGUCAGAAGAUGGCAGUGGGUUCAUGACUCAUGAAGAGAAACAAAGCUGGGGAAUCGAGUCCAGCUGGACAUUGUUGCAACACAUGUCCCAGCAAGUGCCAGUAAACAGAGGAAGCCAGUACACUAUGCAAAACAGGGUGCUGUGCUUUGUUCUCUCCGAAAGCAUUUCUCAAAGGGAGCAUCCCACUGGCAGCUCUCCUCAGAGCUUAUCAGCUUCCACAUUGAGUUGUGAGCAACAAAAUGAAAAAGACUCCGAUGCUAAAAACAAUAGUGUUCUAGCUCCCCUAGUCAAUAUUGGGACAGAAACAAAGAAGCGACUUGAGUAUUUUUACCACAAAUUCUCAGACCUGUAUAAAGACACUAGUGACCACGUGAUACAGGCUGGGACAAAAGUAAUGAGCCAAGCCAAGCAUGUUGGAAGUAUGUGUGACCCAGGUGGGCUGGCCUCCCAUGUGACAACCUUCAUCAGAGGCCUGCCGUUACUGGAGCAUUUAUCCCAGAACCUGCCCUUGAGGUCAUUCAUGGUGCCAUCAGGUCCUCCUCUUCUUCAUGAAACUCGGAUCGGCAGCUUUAAUAGUGAAUAUGGAGGAAGCCCAAGGUCAGCCAAGAGCACAGCACCUCAUAGGAACUUGGCCUUCACAUCUACAGACUCACCAAAUUUCUGGCUAAAUUCAGUUUUCCGUCUUCACUAUGAAGAUGCUGGGAAGAUCAUUGCAUUUAAGCAGACCCUUGUAUCUUUCCCAGAACAAAUGUUGAGGCUUCAAGAAUACCCUCUCACAGCCUUCCUUGAGCACAUGACUUGUUCUUUGCCAGAGCCAGUGGACAUAGUGAAGGCUGUCAAAGGCAUUUACUGGCUUGCAGUUGCUAACUGCUGUAAACCUGAUCCCCAAGCUGCAUGCUUGCUCCUGCUGCCUUCAACUCUGUAUGCUCUGGUACUGGUAGAUAAUUGCCCAAGCUCCAUGAGCAUCUUUCAUGUUCUCCCCCUCACUGCACUUCAGGAAAUUCAGGUUGGCUUUGGUGGGCAGAGCAUUCGAUUCCUGGGCUCUACACAGGACCUCUUGCUUACUGUUCUCACUUACAACAAGAGCCUCACUCAGCAGCUCUGCCAGGACCUCCUGGGUGUGCUAAUAGCUAGAUCUGAAGCUGCUGCCUACACAGAUCAUCCUUUACUCCGUCAGGAUCUGGUUCAGCUUUCUCUUGAUUUGAAAGCAGAAAUCCCUGUUUUAGCUUUGGCAAAUGGAGUUCACUUUUCUUCCAAUUUCCAGACAACUUUGGUAGACAUGGUCUAUUUUCUUCAUGGAAAUAUGGAAGCCAGUGUCCCUUCUCUGGCAGAAGUUCAGCUACUGCUCUAUACCACAGUCAGAUUGGACAGUGAGGCGGGUUGUGCCCCCUGCCGAUCAUUCAUCCUUCUAAACACCCACAUGGCACUCCUGAGGGAGGAUCACGUGUUUUACCCCCACACUGGCUCUCUAAACACACUUCCCCCACAUGGGCGAUUUGAUGUGAUCAAGUGCCAAGCUCUGAGUGAAUUCAGAUGUGUCAUAGUUCCAGAGAAGGACAAAGUGUCAAAGGUAGAGCUGGUCUUCCUAAGGAAACAUGGGUUUGCCUUGAACAGAGGAAGUGGUCUAUCUGAGCCGAGUCAAGUUGCCUCAAACACCCAGACUGUCUCUCCAUUGUGUCUUGAGGAUGGACAGGAUCAGGCACUUGACAUCUGGAAGCUCACUUUCAAUUCUCAGGAUGAGGCUCUUUGGCUAAUCUCAUACUUAACAAGACUCUAGGAAAGAGACUUCUAGAGAUACGAAGCAGUUUAUUUUAGACCUUCAAUAAAAUGAACAUUAUGAAAACAGUCAAGAAAAUAUGAAUAUCUCAGUGUACUUAAUUGAAUGGGAAAAAGCAGGACUCUGAAAUUGAAAGUGUAAAUAUUUUGAAUAAAGCAAAGUGAAAAUAGCUGAUAGCAGAGAACUGGAAAAAUAUCUUUAUUGCCACCUGCUUCAUUGUCUCAAAACUCAGAUUGUAAAUUUGGAUCUACCCAAUUACCAGUGCAGUGAUUAAAGCAUUCUGACAGCUUG